CGCUGUGGUUGGUCAAUCGCCCCCGUCUUAGCUUGCAUUCUUGCCUACAAGUCAGCCGAGCAUCGGGCUUUCAGCACACUACUAGAAAAAAAAGAUGGACUCUUCACAGUUUGCCCACUUCGAGAUUCUAGACGUCAACUUUGAAGGACGGACACCCUACGCAGAUUACGAUGGGCUCUGAAAAGACUACCCAGCGGUGGGCGGCAUUCGCCCGCGAUACCAACGAGACCAAAAUCAAACUCGCACUUAACCUCGACGGCGGCGAAUUCCCGCCCGACACCGAACCCUCCCUCCUAGCCUCCGUCGCCGAAGGCCACGCCAGUCAAUCCAGCAAAUCGCAAAUAAUUAGCGUGAACACAGGAAUCGGGUUUCUCGAUCACAUGCUCCACGCCCUCGCGAAACACGCAGGUUGGAGUCUGGCGUUGGCGUGCAAGGGCGACCUCCAUAUCGACGACCACCACACCGCCGAAGACUGCUGCAUAGCGCUCGGCUACGCCUUCGCCACAUCCCUCGGCAGCGCCUCCGGCCUAGCCCGUUUCGGCUCCGCAUACGCGCCUCUCGACGAAGCACUCUCGCGCGCCGUCGUCGACCUCUCGAACCGGCCGUUCAGCGUUAUUGAUCUCGGACUCAAGCGUGAGAAGAUUGGGGACUUGAGCUGUGAGAUGAUACCACAUUGUCUGCAGAGCUUUGCGCAGGCUGCGAGGGUUACGUUGCAUGUUGAUUGCUUGCGCGGGGAGAACGAUCAUCAUCGUGCGGAGAGCGCGUUUAAGGCGCUUGCGGUGGCUAUAAGGCAGGCUACUAGUCGGGUGGCGGGAAAGGAGGGCGAGGUUCCUAGUACGAAGGGUACGUUGAGUGUGUAGGGGAGUUGGGUAGGGUAAAAUAUAAAACGGUGGCUUUAGAGGUGACACUACGAAAAUUACGAGUUUAUAUAAAUCUUAGUCUUUUAUUAGUAAUCGCUAGCCCUUCGGUAUUCCUAGACUCGGACAUCAUACGGCUGUAUCCAUGCACUCAGAAAUCAGGUCAUGGUCUCAUAACUAUCUCUGGGGUUCAUGCGGGAAGCGCAAAGUUAGGAUUAGGGUUCGUACAGUAAUAAGAGUAAAUCACAAACAAGCGAUAUUCCCAAUUUUACUUUUUUGAUUUACUAAUCUCAU